AUGAACAUCCCUAUCACCUUCAGUCUUGUAUAUUCAGAGCAAUCAUUUAUUCACUCAAGUAAUAAAUUAUGAGUCUGAAGAAUCUGGACAAAUUUUGUACAAAUGCGUAACUUACAUAAAACACUUAAAUUGUUUGAGGUAGAAUUUCCAAUGGACUAUUGCGAGGAAUUUGAUGAGAUCAAAUCGGUGUUGGUACAUUGUAACAAGCAUGUAAAGCCGUUCAAUAAAGUGCAUUUUCGCGGGGGUAAUGACUUAUUCAUCAAUGAACUAGUUCGUCGGUUGCAGGAAGCAUUUAUCGAGCAUGAGCUAAGCGAACCUGAAGAUAAAAAACCAUUGCCUAAGGCACAUCAAAAGUUACGCAAAGUGAUGAUGUUCUUGUUUGCCAAUACAGAUGCAACUUAUAAAUACAAUUUGCGCGAAGAUCCCACGUUUGCACAUGUUUUGGAACAAUGCCCUCUUCUACCCAAAUUCUUGUUAGUUACACUCGUUUGGGAGCUGCAGUUGGAUCAAUUUUUCUAUGAAGUACUUUCGUACACACCUUGUUGGUUCGCUUUUCAGUAUUUCGAAACCGCAGCCGACUCAAUGAAAUUCGUCGAAGAUCCUUAUGAGGUUUUAGAGAAAGUAGAGCAAUUAAUGCGUGCUCUGCUUCUUAGCGUUACGCGUUCUGAAAAUCGUAAGAUUGAUAUGGUAGAUAAAAAAACUAUCUUUGGUAAAUUAUAUGACUAUAGCGUCAAUCUUCUGCGUCAAUUCUACACACCAGAUUGUGAAAAGUUUAAAAAGUUCACUAAACUGCAGUACUUUCGUUAUUCGGGUUUCGCUUUGAAGCACUUGCUUCAAAUGACAUUGUUUGCAUUUGAUUUGUUUGAGUUGCCGGAAACUGCCAAACCAGGCAUUGAUUUAGAAAUUUAUGAAAUUUGCCAAGAAAUAUGUCCACAGGUAAACGCUACAGAAGCAGCUCAGCUAUCAGUAGCACUUAAAGAACAACAGUUGAAAAUUAUAAAAGCACUACUUAACUCUCUACAAUACAAUGUAAUGUUAGUUAAAAUUGACGUUUUCAUGUAUUGGGUAGAAGUAGAUGUCACACCUACCACGGCGUUACAAUUGGACAUUGGUGAAAUGACUUAUAAAGUUGGCCAACGAAUCCAAGCCAAUCCACAAUUGGAACAUGACGUGGUAACACAAUUAAAGUUGCUCGCUAUCAAACCGAAAACACUCGAAGAAACCAUUAAAAGUGCGAAGUUGGGAGAAAUUUUACAUAACUUAGAGGAAAAGUCGCCGCCCCAUGUUAAAAAAGAUUGGUUUAAUGAACUCUUCAACCGCUCGAUAGCUCUAGGCAGUGAUGAAUGUCUAGAGGCUAUAAAAGAAAAUAUUAAGCUUAUGACGCCGGACAAUUGUCAACAAGCGUUACAAUUCAUCCAACAAUCAUCACAGUUAUUGCAAUUAGCUCAAGACUGUGAUGGCGAUGGGGAGAAUUCCGAAAACAUGCAGUUGGAUACCAGCGAAUUUGAACAAUUGACGUCACUGAUACUUUUGAGCUUACAAAACUUUAAAGAUGAGGAUAUAUUACAGUUGUUGGAAUACCAAGUGAAAACAUUCGGCAAAUCCGCAUGUAUUUGUUGUCAGGAUGACUAUCAAAGGCGUAUUACUGAGUAUCUCAAUAAGUAUGCGGUUUCUUUUGACUUUCAACAGUUCCUCAUACUCUGCUUUGAAAAUCCUGCUCAUAUGUGGACAAAUUUCUUUGAGUGUGCCUGCCACAAUUUGGAGCGUGUGCGCACCUUUUGUGCGACCGUAAAAAAAUCUCAACCCUUCUCAAAUAUUUACUUUGAUAAAUUACUUGAAAAUGCAAUGCAUGAUCAGGAUAAGCUUAAACAGAAAAAUUUUCCAGAGCUACUAUGCGAAAUUUUUUUUACUUUAUAUCAUCCUACGCGUAAAACGGAAUUCUUAAAAAAAUUCAUGAAUAACAAUGUCAAUCAACAGUUGGAUGCUCAAUGGUUUGGUCAUUUGCUGCCUAUUAUGAAGGCACUGAAUCUCAUUGCUAUACACGGUGAGACCCAAUCAAAUAAGCCUUUAGCCUUUGGUGAAGUGACGGCGCCAGUGCUGCUAAUGGUUGCGCAAGUUAUGGAUAAAACGCGUUGGGAUCUUAUCACUUAUACAGAUGAGCGUGACGAGGUGGUACGUGAGUGCAUACAAUUUAUACAAUACACAUCAAAGCGGUUUCUACCUGUGGCAACAGAAAAAGAUCGGAAGUGGAUUACGAAGGUUAUUAAAGAUUCAUAUCGCCCAAUCACGCAGUAUUAUUUCCAAAAAUUCUCACAAUCGCCUGAUCAGCCUCCCGUAGAUUUUGAUCGCUUUCUUAUACGUUUGGAGAUUGAAGAUAAGUCUGAAGCUGAGAUGUUCCUUAUUAUUAAUUAUGUACGCUGUACGAUGAAAGAGACUGAAUGGCUGGCCCGUAGUGAACGCCUUUUGCCGCACAUAUCCGAUGUGAUGAUAAUUUUAAGUGGCGUGGUCGUUGAAACUGAUAACUCGAAUGCAAUUAAUAAUUAUCGUCACUGUCUUACAAAUUAUGCCAAUAUUGUAUUGAAAUUCGUGCUUCCGCCAUUGAAGAACCAUACGAAAAAAAUUGAAAAAUUAAUGCUGAAAGUGCUAAAAAUAAUUGAUUCUGCUCCACCAGAGCUAUAUGAAGAGGGGUUUUUAAACUUCAGUUCAUUACUACUUGAUAUUAUGCAGUAUUGUGCACAUCCGUUGAAAGACGAUGACUCUAUUAUAAAAUCGGUGCGGAAGUUCGUCGGCAGUAUGAAGGAUUGUCAAGGAAAAGAAGUGUUUUUGGAAAAAUUUCAAGCAUUGAUAACUGAAUUACUGAUUUAAUUUUUAUAUCUGCGCUAUUGCUCCUGGAAGCAAACAAUUGUUUUCCACGUUAUACUUAGAUUUCUUUUUUUACCGACAUACAUUUUGAACUACGAGCUGAAUACAAAUUUUGUUAAAAAAAAUUGUUU